AUGGCGAUCUACCGCUCAUUAGAUGAGGCGUUCGAAGCGAUCGGCAAGUAUGGAAGAUACCAGAUAUUCUGCUUCAUUACCAUUCAAUAUCUGUCGAUGGCAAUGGCUUCGUUCAUGUCGAUUGGAUACUUUCGAUUAGGCGGUUUGGUGCCGGAUUAUGAAUGCCAAGAUCCGGAGAAUUUGUUUUAUUUGAAGGCCAAUCAAGUCAAGAAGAAUACAACGCAGGCGUGUUUGAUGGUCAAGAGUUGCGGUAAUUUGACGACGCACAAUUUCUGGAUCAGCAUUUAUCAGGAGUUCCUGGUAGGUUUGAAUGACAGAGCCCUAAGCAUUGUAAUCCUUUUUUCUCAACCGAUUUACUCUCGUAUUUCAGUGGGUAUGUGAGCCUGAUCGUCUCGCGUCCACAAUAGCCUCCACUCAGCCCAUUCUUCAUAUCAUUGGGCAUGUUUUGUCCGGCCAUCUGAGUGAUUACUUUGGACGAAAGUGGCUUUAUGUUGGAGGCUCUACUAUCAUCUUUCUCUGUGCUAUCACCGAAGCAAUUGCGCCGACUUGGCAAAUCUACAUAGCCAUCAAUCUCUGUGCCAGUUUUGUCUCGACCAUAAAAGGAAGUGCUUCGUUCCCAUUAUUGGUUGAGACAGUGCAUUCUAAAUACCGGAUUGUUCAAGGAUAUGCUUUCCAAUUUUCGCUGGGAUUCAUUGUACGUAAUUUUACGGCCUAAAAAGGUUAAAAAUUUAGGUUGCGGGCGUUCUCGCCCAUUAUACAGGGCAUUGGAGGACGCAUUUGUUGGGCAUGGCCUUAUUUGGUCUUCCAUCCGUUCUUCUGAUGAUGUUUUUCACAGAAUCCCCAAGAUAUCUUCUGCAGAAACACAAGUACACUCGAGCAGCGUCGGCGAUGAACAGAAUCGCUUGGUUCAACGGGAGCAAGGUUCGAUUUACAACUGAUGACAUGAAGGUUUUGCAGAAUGCAAGUGUCAAGUAAGCCGUCGAUAUUUUCCCUGCAAUCUUUGCUAUUAACGUAAAAUUAUUAAGAAAUAAGUAUAUUGUUGCAGUAAGCAAUCAAAACGGCGCCAUUACACUGUGUACCACUUGUUUUCCAACUGGAGAAUGACUUCUUGGGUGAUUUCUCAGAUGUUUACCGGGAUUACUUUAAAUAUUAUCCAAUCUGUUGUGUUUUUCAAUAUCCAGGAUCUAGUAGGUUGACCUGAAACAUACGAUAUUUGACUUUCAGUCCGGUAAUCCUCUAACAAACGUCUCACUUAUGGGACUUCUCCGACUUUGGACCCCAUUUGUCGCAAUUUUAUUGGAAACGAAAUAUCUAAACUUUGGCAGAAAGAAGUUGAUGACGGUUUCCCUUGGUAAGCGGCAACAGCAACAGCUCUUUGAUUCGCAAUUUUUGUAAUUUUUAGGUGUAGUCUUAUUGUGUUUCUCCUCCAUGUUUAUCAUAGACUUCUUGGAGCUUGACGAAAGAUUUCGCGUUUUCGGAACAUCCGCUGUUCUUAUUGGAUAUGUGGUGAUGACCGGAUUUGUGUGGAUUGCAUAUAAACUUUACACAACGGAGCUUUUCCCAACAGUAGUGAGAUCGAUUGCACUGAGUACAUUCAGCAUUGCCUCGCAGUUGGGUAGUGUAAUCGGACCUCAACUUAUUUAUGUUAGAGUAAGCAGCAAGGCCUCUUAAUUUGCCUUUUCUUUCUAUUCGAAUCAAUGAAUUAAUAGUACCGAUUGCUGUUUAGAAAUAUUGGCACUACGCCCCCUAUCUUGGUGCUGUAAUUGUAACGACGAUUUCGCUGACUUGUGUCAUCAUAUUCUUGCCCGAGACCAAGAAUAAACCUCUUCAAGAUACUGUGCAUGAUGCCAAAAGACGGAAAGAAUUGUUGGGAGAGAACACGGAAGUAAUCAGCGGAUUGUUGAUCAAGGAUGAACAGCCGUCGACCAGCCAACGCUAG